GGCAGGAGCCAGGUGCUUCUCCUGCUCUCCCAUGAGGUGCAGGGCCCAAGCACUUGGGCCAUCCUCCACUGCACUCCCUGGCCACAGCAGAGAGCUGGCCUGGAAGAGGGGCAACCGGGACAGAAUCCGGUGCCCUGACCGGGACUAGAACCCGGUGUGCCGGUGACGCAAGGCGGAGGAUUAGCCUAAUUAGGCAUGGCGCUGGCCUAAAAAUCUUUUUCUUUAGUAGAAACUUAAUAAGGUGGAGAGAGAUGGUCCACCACGGUAUUUUAUAGUGUUGGGUCAUGUGCUGUCCAUACAGAGAUCUGCUAGUAGACAAGAGGCAAUGAAGGGUGAGGCACCUUAGAAACAUGUCCCAGUAUUCAGAUAAGAAUUUCACUUUUCUGGUCUUAAGUUUUUAUCUGUUUCUUAUCACGAAAGCUGAGUGAUAACAGAGUAAUGGAAUGACACUCAGCUUAUCAGGAUCCUGAUCCGGAUCCCAGACCUGCUGCCCAGGGGCCUUGUAUCUGACUCCUGGAUUUUGUUGAGUCUUUCUCUCUCAACUGUUAAGCUAUGUAGUUGGCUCAUAAUUUUUUUUUUAAGAUUUAUUUUAUUUAUUUGGAAGAGUUACAGAGAGAGGUAGAGACAGAGAGAGGUCUUCCAUCUGCUGGUUCACUCCCCAGAUGGCCUCAACGGCGGAGCUGCACCGAUCUGGAGCCAGGAGCCAGGAGCUUCUUCCGGGUCUCCCAUGUGGUUGCAGGGGCCCAAGCACUUGAGCCAUAUUCUGAUUUCCCAGGCCACAGCAGAGAGCUGGCUCGGAAGAGGAGCAGCCAGGACUAGGACUGGCGCCCAUAUGGGAUGCUGGUGCUUCAGGCCAGGGCUUUAACCUGCUGCGCCACAGCACUGGCCCCAGCUCAGGUUAUUUAAAAAAAAAUUUGUCCUUCUCUGAGAUUCUAAGGUGUAGUAGUAGGGCCUUGUGUAUUGCCUAUUUUUAUUUUAAUUUUUUAUAGUUCUCCAGAUUCCCAAGUAAUUAUUUGGGUAAGGGAGUGGGUGUCCAUCUGUGCAGAGCCAACCAGUUUUUUAGAACAUUUUACUAAAAUUUUUGCUAUCAGUCACUGCUUCUCACUUUCACUGAGCUUGCUAUUUUUUGGUAUGGUUUUAAUCAUUUUUAUUUAAGCCAUACUUUAUGCAUGUUAUACCUACUAAACCCUUUCCUUAUCUUAACUUUGUUUAGAAGUUGCUUCUCUAGUGCUGAGGUUUUUUUUUUUAUAUGCAUUUUGUACAACGGUGACAUGUAUUUGGCAAUUAAUUGGAAUUCAUCUCUAGUCAGCCCAGUAGUCCUGAUAGACCUCAUCCAGUUUCUCUUCCCCGUCCUACAGUCUUGAAAACGCACUUUAAAAUCUGGAGAAUUGUGCUUGGUCUCCAGCGUUUCCUUAGGACUCGGGCCAAGCUCUGGGCUAGAAGUGAAUUAUUGACAGGAGCUUGCACUGUAAGGAUCUGGCUCCAAAGUGCUCACAGCGUGUCUGUUUGUCCAAGUCAUGUGGCGAUCAGUUAGGUAGACUUCCAGCUACUUUUUUGCUCGGGGGUAUUUUAAAUCAGUAGUUUCAGGUGGCUAUCUUAGUUGACCACACUGAUAAGCAGGCAUUGUUCCUCCUCAUGACUUUCCAGUUAUCCAAAAAAUGAAGAGAGAGAUUCCACAGACGCAGCCGUCUGCUCAGCAGUGGCGGCCAUGGCGGACGGACAGAGUCGAGUGCAGAAAGGAACAUUGAGAUCCUCGCUGUGUUGGUCGUGCUCGGAGUUUGACCUGAAAGAGACCCGCCUGAUAGUUUACCAGGAUUGUGAGAGAAGGGGCAGACAAGUCCUGUUCGAUUCUAAAGCUGUUCAGAAGGUUGAAGAGGGAGCAGCUCAGAAAGCAGAGGAUGUCCCUGUGAAAGUGUCAGCCAGGUGCUGUCAGGGCAGCGGCAGCGGCGGCAGCGGCAGCGGCAGCGUCUCUUCCCAUGGCUCCUCCUCCGGGGGCUCUCUACCACACGCCAGGGAGCAGCUUCCAAAGUAUCAGUACACAAGACCGGCUUCAGAUGUCAACAUGCUGGGGGAAAUGAUGUUUGGCUCUGUGGCAAUGAGUUACAAAGGAUCCACCUUAAAGAUACACUACAUACGGUCUCCUCCACAGCUGAUGAUCAGUAAAGUCUUCUCCGCCAGGAUGGGCAGCUUCUGUGGGAGCACGAAUAACUUGCAAGACAGCUUCGAAUACAUCAACCAAGAUCCUAAUUUGGGAAAACUGAACGCAAAUCAGAACAGUGUGGGUCCUUGUCGCAAUGCAAGUAACCUAGGUCUGCUGCAGGCGUGCAGCAGCAGGCUGCUGCAAGGGGUGGCUGAAGGAGGACCCCUCCGGCUCACCCGGAGUGCUUCUUUCUUUGCAGCUCACAGCACACCUGUCGAUAUGCCGAGCCGAGGGCAGAAUGAAGACCGGGACAGUGGCAUUGCUCGAUCAGCCUCCCUGAGCAGCCUUCUGAUCACGCCCUUCCCGUCUCCCAGCUCCUCCACGUCCUCCUCCAGCAGCUACCAGCGCCGCUGGCUCCGAAGUCAAACGACUAGCCUGGAGAACGGCAUUGUCCCACGGAGGUCAACAGAUGAGAUGUUCAGCUUGGCUGAAGAGACCUGCAGCUCUAACCCAGCCAUAGUUAGGAGGAAGAAAAUCGCCGUGAGCAUCAUCUUUUCCCUGUGCGAGAAAGAAGAGGCGCAGAGGAACUUCCAGGACUUCUUUUUCUCUCAUUUCCCCCUGUUUGAAUCUCACCUGAACAGGCUCAAGAGUGCGAUUGAAAAGGCCAUGAUCUCCUGUAGGAAGAUCGCCGAGUCCACUCUGCGGGUCCAGUUUUACGUCAGUCGCCUGAUGGAAGCUCUGGGAGAGUUCAGAGGGACUAUCUCGAACCUAUAUUCUGUUCCAAGGAUAGCUGAACCUGUGUGGCUCACCAUGAUGUCCAGCACGUUGGAAAAAACCCAGCUCUGCCAGCGCUUUCUCAAGGAGUUCACACUGCUGAUAGAACAGAUCAACAAAAACCAGUUUUUUGCUGCCCUACUGACUGCAGUGUUAACCUACCACCUGGCCUGGGUCCCGACUGUCAUGCCCGUGGACCACCCUCCCAUUAAAGCCUUCUCAGAGAAACGCACUUCUCAGUCGGUGAACAUGCUGGCCAAAACACAUCCCUACAACCCUCUCUGGGCGCAGCUGGGUGACCUCUACGGAGCCAUAGGCUCGCCCGUGAGGCUGACACGCACGGUGGUAGUGGGGAAGCAGAAGGACCUGGUCCAGCGCAUCCUGUACGUCCUGACCUACUUCCUCCGGUGCUCUGAGCUGCAGGAGAACCAGCUGACCUGGAGGGGGGCUCGCGGCGAGAGUGGCCAGGUCGUCGACGGGCGCCAGAUCGUCACGGCCCUGGAGAGGGGGGAGGUGGAGGAGUCGGAGUACGUGGUGGUCACUGUGAGAAACGAGCCUGCGCUCGUGCCCCCCAUCCUACCCGCAGCCGCGGCGGAGAGGAGGAGCCCCGGGCCUGCAGGGUUCGCGGAGACCCUCGAGGGCACGGACGGGAGAGCCCCGGGUCCCACGCCUGACAAAGAGGCAAGCAAGAGGCCGGAGCAGAGCGUGGGGCCCCCAGAGCUGGCGGCAGACGGUGCCUGGCAGCCUCAGGGUGCGUUUUGCGGAGCUGAAGGAAGUAAGAACGAGGCGCCAGAGGGUGACGCCUUGCUCCUGUGCCCCUGUGAGGCUCCAGGGGCAGGCAUGAGGGCGGGGCAACCCGCUGCCGAUGAGGAGGCCCGAGGGGAGCUGGCCAAGAAAGGGCCGGACCGCUCAGCGGCCAGGCCUUGCCCCGACAGACACUCCUGGCAGAAGCCCCACGGGGAGAGGGUUACUUUCCACAUCGGAAGCUCCGUGUCACCAGAGUCUGACUUUGAAAGCCGCACCAGAAAAAUGGAGGAGCGGCUGAGGGCCUGUGGACAGCACCCAAAGGAGGCCGCUCGGGACCAGCAGGUUUCCAGAUGCCCCUCCAGACCUGGCCCGGGAGACAGUGCCCGCUGUCCUCAGACUCGCAGCUGCAGGGGAACAGCAGGGGACCCUGGCCGGGGCUUUGCAGAGGACAGAGAUGUCAGAACCGAUGCCGCAGCAGGUGCUGCUGCCGGGGGCCCUGGCCACACCGCCGGCUCGCUCUCCCCUCCGGACGGCGCAGCCGCAACUGGAAGGAGAGCGCCGGAGACAACCGUGGGCUUGGGUUUAGAAGACCGAGAAGGACCGCUGGUAGAGCCUGGUGCAAACCGGGCUGUACAGCAGGACUCCGGCCUCCCGGCGGCUGCCAGUGUCCCCCGUGGGGAUGCCAACAGGAAGGCCCACAUCAGGACAGAAGGAAACAUUCCCAGGAACGAGAGCUCGGACAGCGCUCUUGGGGACAGUGACGAUGAUGCGGGUGCUUCAGCCGCCCUGGAUUGGAGUCACAGCGGGGACAGGACCGACGGGGCCUUGGAAGUGGAGCUGCCUCUGCCCAGGUCACAGAGCAUCAGCAGCCAGAACGUGAGGAACUUCGGCCGCUCCCUCCUGGCAGGGUACUGCCCCACGUACAUGCCGGAUCUGGUGCUCCACGGGACCAGCAGCGACGAGAAGCUGAGGCAGUGUCUGGUGGCUGAUCUGCUGCACACGGUGCAUCAUCCAGUGCUUGAUGAGCCAAUAGCUGAAGCCGUCUGCAUCAUCGCGGACACGGAUAAGUGGAGCGUCCAGGUAGCCACGAGCCAGCGCAAAGUCACGGACAGCACGAAGCUGGGCCAGGACGUCCUGGUCUCGAGUCAGGUGUCCAGUUUACUUCAGUCCAUUUUACAGCUUUACAAGCUUCACCUCCCGGCUGACUUCUGCGUCAUGCAUCUUGAAGACCGGCUACAGGAGAUGUACCUGAAGAGCAAGAUGCUCUCUGAAUAUCUCCGGGGACACACCCGCGUCCACGUGAAAGAACUAGGUGUUGUACUGGGGAUUGAGUCUAACGACCUGCCUCUGUUGACUGCUAUUGCCAGUACUCACUCUCCUUACGUGGCUCAAAUACUCUUAUAAGCUAAAGCUCAGGACAGUUUUCUUCUUUGGAAGGAAAAGAAAAAAAAUACAACUUCUCAGCUUAAGGAAUAAGCUCCGGGUGACAUCCGCAGCACCCCGAAGCCGUCACUGCACCGUCUGGUUCUGUGUUUCUGCUUUCAAGCAGACGCUUCUUGGAAGACUUGGAACCACAGUUGAGAUCCUCAUGAGCGCUGGGCACCCUGUGCUGCCUGGGAAUCAACGGAGCGACCUUUCCGAGUGAGGACACAGGAGCGCUGCACUGGGCAGCUGGCUGAGGGUGCGGAUCGCCUUGUGCUGUCUGGGCGGCGUGAAGACACGUGACUCUGGAGGAGGGAGACGGACGGUGCACCUAACAUUCCAGGAGGAAAGUGUUCCGGGAUGGAGGCCUUCAGCACAAGGAUUUCGGAUUUCGGAUUUCGGAUUGGAGUUCGCUUUUGGCAAAGGGUGACAAGAAGAAAGCGUACUGUGCUGUCUGUAGUCAGGCGGUGCAGCAGCCGCUGCUUGACACAGACCUGACCGAGGAUUGCCCACUGCGAAGAGGGCUCUAGGGACCCACCGUUUCCAUUUCUCCUUGGAGUUUACCUUGUUUCCAAUGUAGCCACAGGUAAUCCGGAGAGGGAUCGUUGGUGCAAUAAACCCAAGAAUCACUCGCAGCAUCUGAGUCCCACCACGAUGUAGUCCACAGCAGCCAAGUGCACACAGCCUGGAACCGCACGCAUGUUCUGUCCUCACACGGUAGAAAGAUGAGCAGCCUGUGAGAGAGGCCACUUACCAAAGUUACUUCUAUAGGAUGUUUCUGUGGCUAUCUUCCAGCCGAGGCCGCCGCCGCCUCUAGUCCUACAGCGACUGCAUUUUAAAAGGCACAGUUCUCCCGGUGGCGGAACUGCAAUAGUUAAAAUAGCCCACAUGUGAGCUGAGGUUUUACAUUGUUGUCUGCGUGCCUUCCGAUCCCCACGUACUUUUCAGAACGUGUUUCCAGAGCUGCCAUGCUGUAAAACCUGUCACGAGCGAAGAGUUGUUAUCCCAGCUCACGUAUGUAAAAAAGAACUGCAGUGACCUUGAGACAGACCGCAGGUACAGUGAAAGCCUUUUUGAAGAAACUGAGUAUUAAAAGACAGGACCUGAUCUACUAAAGCAAACAUCUUUUUAGCUAUAACCAAUUUCCCAUUCCCUUUUACUGUUCUGUGGACUACUUCCAGUCCUUCCCCUGUAUCCUUUGCAUCUAAUAUAAAGUAACCUCCCGUUUAGGGUUAGAACUUACUGCAAAAGAAUCCUGAUCCUAGACAACAACUUACCUAAGUUUGUGUCUGCUCUUUUAAAAGUCCAAGUUCAUUGUUUGUUCGAAAUGGUGCACCAGCGCUCCCCACAGAGAGGCGCAGGAGUAGAACCUCUCCCUCUGUUUUGUAACAACGCAAAAUACAGAUGGAUGGGUAACACUGAAGUUGUCCAUUCUUUGUCUUGAGUCUGGAUCCCGAGUCCUGCAGCUCGGUGCAGCAUCGUUUGCCGUUUCAUUACAGAAAGAGAACGGAGGGCGCCUGUGGCUCAGGGCGCCAGCCUCCCUCACACCACGUGACGUGCCCCGAAUGCGUUGUCAGAGCUGAUGGUGCUGCAGCUUCUCCAUCUGCACAGUGCAAAGCAUUCCUCUCACCCGCGCUCCCUGUUCCUGUUUACACGGCUUGGGCACCUUGCCUCAUUCACUCCCUUCCAGGGUUCAUAGAAAAUAACUCGCUACAAAACGAGUUCAGUUCUCAUGUGUUCAUGAUGGCAUGCUUAAGAUCAGAUCCGUGGAGGGUGAAAUUGAGCUUUAAGUCACAGCUGAUGCUAAACUCCAUACACAAAACACUUACCCCAGCCCCUGGAAGCCACUACUCACCCUACUAUUCCAUAACUCAGAGAAACAGCUGAUGGGAAACCACGGGUGGGUCACGUGCAGGGGUUGUCUCAGCCUCACUCAGGGUGCUGGCAGAGCCUGUCGCCUACAAAACCAGACCAGGAAUGCUGCUGCUGCUGCUGUGUACCCGCCUUUCAAUAUUAAUGUCUUAAACACAACCUCUUUCCAAACGUGAAAAAGAAACACCCUCGCGGAAUGGUUGAGACACACCCACUCACCCAGCUCAGCCAGAAAGGGAUCCGAGCCGCUCCCGUGCCCACCUCGAGAAAAACAUAAAACCUAAAGAAAUCUACCUCAGUUGACAGGAUUCCAGCUUCAGGGUUUCUUCGCCCCUUCAGUCUCACCUGUUGAGUGUCACUUGUGUCGCGUCUUGCUUUGCUGAGCGCGCUAGUGAGGCAUGACGGAGCAGACGUGUGCACUGUUCCUGUGAUGGACUUCCUUCUAGCAUGCUGCAGUUUUAUUCUUCAUAAAUUGAUAAGUGAUAUGAAUGUAAGGUAAUUGUGUACGUUUGAAACAUGACAAUGAAAAGUUUAAAAUGUAGCUUCCAUACUUGUGCAUAAUUCCAAAGUAUUUUAUUUUUUAUCAGUGUUAAAUAGCUUUUUGUACAGGCUUCAAUCCAUUUUUCUGAAGUGUGCUGUUUUUUAAUGAAAGUAACUAUAAUCUUUUCACAUCCCAUGGAACUGCUGUUUACACAUUGCAACUUUUUAAACUUAACCAUAUUUUUCAAAAUUAACCUUUGGAGGGAGGAAAAAUCCCUGCUUGCUAAAUGAUAUUAAACCAUUGCUUGGGCUCUUAAAAUUAGAUCCUGAGAUUUUAUAAAAAUUCAGUCUGUAGCUUUUUAGGUUCUUAACUAGAGUUGGUUGUACAUUUAAAAAAAUAUGAAGUGACCCCCAAAUUCUUUUAAAUAUCUGUUUUUCACUAAUGUGUACUUUGGGGAAUAUUUUGUUCAUGCAUACUUUCACCAUUAAAUUGAAAAAGUCUUUAGCUUUUCUUGCUUAAUGUGAACCAUUUGUUUUUUUUUUUUUAAUUGCGCUUUGGGGGAGAGAAUAUUUUCAUAUAAUUUUUUUUGCAUAAGUCAAACAGCUCCCCACCCCCGAAUGUUAAUUUAAAUCUCAAAGUUGGGUCAUCCCUAAAUCUUGAAAGCGAGAUUGUUUGAAAAUGGAGAAAAUUUGGGAUUUGUUAUUCAAGCCCCAUGAACAGAAUGCAUGAGGCUGUUCACUUUUGAUCAGUUGAAUGGAUACCAGUGUCGAUGUAUGGGAAACUGAAAACUUCCUCAUGUAUUACUUUGAUCAUUUCUCUGUGGCAUUUGGUGCAAUAAACCUUUUGAAUUGAUCUUCUA